AUGCCAAAAGCAUCAGCCUCAUCGGCAAAAAUGACGGCUUCCACCUCUAAUGUUUCGUCAUCAAAUUCUAAGCUUAAGAAGAGCAAAGCAUCGUCGCCUUCCGCAUCUCCGGAGGUAUCAACACCAAGCACUAGCAACAGCAAUGACGACCAAGAUGGACAUGUCAGUGAGGACAUGAGCGAUGCCGAGGAAGGCGAAAGUCAAGAGCAUAGUGCCAGUGGAAGCGGGAUCAGUGAUCAUGACGAUGACGACGACCCUUCUGCCGACAAGGACUCACCAGCAGCAGACGAGGAACAGGACGAGAAAAAGGUAGCUACCAUUGCCGAUGAUGGCAAGAAGGUUGAGUUCUCUGAUCUUGGCGUUAUUCCGCAAAUCGUCGAAGCGUGCACCAACAUGGGCUUCAAGCAUCCCACUCCCAUCCAGGUCAAGGCGAUCCCUGAAGCGCUCCAAGCACGCGACGUUAUCGGUCUCGCCCAAACUGGUUCCGGAAAGACCGCCGCCUUCACGAUCCCCAUCCUUCAAGCAUUGUGGGACAAUCCCAAGCCUUUCUUCGCAUGCGUGCUGGCACCUACGCGUGAGCUGGCUUACCAGAUAUCGCAGCAGGUCGAAGCGCUCGGCUCGACGAUUGGCGUACGUUCCGCCACCAUCGUGGGUGGUAUGGAUAUGAUGUCGCAGUCAAUCGCGCUCUCCAAGCGUCCACAUGUGAUCGUUGCCACUCCUGGUCGUCUGCAAGAUCAUUUGGAAAACACAAAGGGUUUUAGCUUGCGUGGAUUGCAGUACCUCGUCAUGGACGAAGCUGAUCGAUUGCUCGACAUGGACUUCGGACCCAUCAUCGAUAAGCUGCUUCAGUCCAUCCCACGCGAGAGGAGGACCAUGCUGUUCAGCGCUACCAUGACCACCAAAGUCGCCAAAUUGCAGCGUGCUUCGCUCAAGAAUCCUGUGCGCGUCGAAGUCGACACCAAAUACACCACCGUAUCCACGCUCAAGCAGCACUACAUGUUCAUGCCGUUUGCCCACAAAGACACGUACCUGGUGCACCUUGCCAACGAACAAGCAGGACACUCGAUCAUCGUCUUCACACGUACCGUGCACGAUUCACAGCGACUCUCGAUCCUGUUGCGUCUACUCGGGUUUCCUGCUAUCCCGCUUCAUGGUCAGCUAAGCCAGCAGGCGCGUCUCGGUGCGCUCAACAAGUUCAAGACUGGCGGUCGAUCGAUUCUCGUCGCAACCGACGUGGCUUCUCGAGGUCUCGAUAUUCCUGCGGUCGACUUGGUCGUCAACUACGACAUCCCCACCAACUCGAAAGACUACAUCCAUCGUGUCGGUCGUACAGCGCGUGCCGGUCGAUCAGGUCGUUCAGUCACCUUGGUGACUCAGUACGACGUUGAGCUGCUUCAACGCAUCGAGGCUGUCAUCGGACUCAAGAUGACAGAGUUCCCCGGAGGAAACGACAAAGAAGCCGUGAUGCUACUGAGCGAACGUGUCGCCGAAGCACAUCGUGCAGCGGUGAGAGAGUUGAAGGACAAGGGCGUAGGAAGUGCAGGUGGCUCGGGCAAGCGAAAGAGAAAGAUGGAUGGCAAGUACGGUGACGACAUGGACCGAGACGACGAUCAGGUUCAAGCUGGGUUGCCCGUCUCUGGAAAUGGACGACAUCAGAACCAGAACAGGAAGAAGGGUCGUCGCUGA